AUGCCGGACGCCUGGGUCCCGGGCUUCAUUUUCACCCUGCUCUUCGGCCUACUCUCCACCAAUCUCCAAUGUGUAAGCGCCAACGAGGGACCUGUGGAUGAAUGGGCCAGUUUAGGGAACUCUUUAGAGAUCUCUCUACCUGGGACGUGGGGUGCAAAGGGGGAGGAGCUUGGGUUGCUUUCUGGCGUUUUCUGGAGCCAGGCAUCCACUAAAGGUGGCUUCCUGGGCCAAUCCCCAACUGUGUGUGGCAGGGGGAAUCAGCUGGGAGCCAGGUCACCCUUUGAUCUGACACUUUAUGGUAUCAUCAAUGUCUCCCCAUCCCUAUCUCUCUUGACCAGAAGCUGCCCCAAAGGAUUCAGAUGCUGUGACCGUGGAUGCUGCCUAGAAAAAAAGAUAUUGGAUCUUUCAAGUGAACCCUUCAUGGUCUUGUUCAUCAUUUUCAUGGUCAUGCUACCUCUCCUGUGCAUCUGCGGCGUGGCGAGACACAUUUGUCCUGCGUGUAGACCACAGCAGAGCCUCAGAGCGAAUCAUCAGACACCUCCAGAACCACCUUCCAAUGCCCCGCUAGAGACUAUGAUCUGGGUCACCAACUUGGAUCCCCCACCACCCUAUAAUCAGGUUGUUCCGAAGUCAACUCCCACAGAACCACCUCCUCCCUACAGCCUUGAGGCCCCUGUUGGCCAAGUGAGAAGCACAGCCUUUUGA